CUUGUCUGUCUUUUCUGAUUACUUCUCUUUAAGACUUUGGACUUUAGGACAAGUAAUUUAACGCCAGGUAAUUAAACUGAUGAUCCCUCUAUGCCCUUCCUUUGGCUUCAGUGAGACUUUGUAUGCCCUCUGGGACCUGCCUGCAUUUAAUGGACCAGAGUCUGAAGGAAGUUUUAUCCCUGACUUUUCACCCUCCCUUUCUAAAAUGGAAUAAACCAAUGUGAGGGAUUUUUCAGAUGAAACUUUAAUAUACUAACAGUUCAACUCAGUUUUUGGUUUGUUUUGUUUAAGUGUUGGCUUUUUGAUUGACAUCAGUUUCACUCCAUCUUUAACAGGUGAAGGUUUUUCUUUUGUCAUUUUCUUUCUUGUUUUCUUCUUGGUCACUGUUUUAAUCCCUCUUGUUUGCAUCUUUGUGGGUUCUUGGGCUUUUUUUUCCUUUGACUUCUCUCCCAUUGAAUAGAAGUAUGUGCCUGUGAAUCUGUCUAUCAGUUAAUGCAACCUAGGACGUAACAGUUUGUCUGAAGAGGUUGUUGCACUGGGAGUAGCUCCAAACAAUUGAUUUGUUCAAAUGAAUUGAAAAAAUGUGCUUACUCUGGACAGUUGUCAGCUUGUGCUUAGCCAUUAACUAUGUGUGUAACCAGUACUGUUACACAUAUUUAAUUAAAAUAGUUAUGCUGGUUAUGAUUAAAGAUGAGAAGUUUAAUAGCAUUUGAAUUUAGUAUUCCAGCCGUGGUUUUGUUUCCUUCUAGACUCUUGUUUAGAGGAUAGUUUUGCUUCUUAGGGUUCUUAAGUAUGUUGUGGGUUUUUUUAUUAUCAGGAACAUCUACUGAAAUACAGGGAGGGGUUAAUUAAGGGUGACUGGAAGUAUGGCCUCAUUAUAAACUCUGAAGUAUGACUGAUUUCUAGAUAAUGUGUUUUUAUCCAUGUGAAACUUGCUAAUCUCCAUUUGUAGGUAAUUUUAUCAUUAACUGUGAAUUUCUAUACUUUAGAGUAAUAACCUGAAGAAUGCUUUUGCCGUGUGGUUAUGUCGUUAAGAUUAUUACAAAAUAUUAGGACAAAUGUAAUUAAUUCCUAUUAUACUUAAAUAAAAAGAUGAAUAAUUUGCCAGUUCAGCCUUUUAGUCUCUAAAUCAAAUUAUUUCAUUCCUGCUUUUAAUAUGACCCCUGUUAAAAUUUUCAGUCAGAACUUGAGCCUGAUUUUCCCUUCCGACACAGGCCCUGCAAUUGAGGUUAGGUUAAUGGAUGAGAUUCAGCUGGUGAGAAUCAGUAAAAUAUAGUUACCUGUCAACUGGGGAUAAACCUUGUGCGUAUACUAUAUUUUCUUUGUGUAGUGUGGGGGUUUAACAUUAUCCCCAUAGUGUCUUCAUUAGUACUGACAAGGGUUAUUUUAUUAUUUUUUUUUACCAAAUAAUCGAUGGAAGCCUAACAAAAUUCAUGCUUCUGCUUCUUAAAAGGGUUAUUUUAAGGGUGACUGAUCAUUGGGAAUGUGUUUUUUCUGUGGUUUUCUGUGUUUCUCUUUUCCAUAUCCCUUCUUUUUUACUUUCAUAGAAGCAUAAGACAAGAUUUUCUUCUAUCUAAAUGUGGUGAGAUUAUCAAAUUUGUGAAAUCAGUUUAUGACCACAGAUCACUAGAUGGCAGUAUGGCUGUUAUUUUCACCUAAUUGCACACACUUCAAUUUGCCAGUCUUAAAGAGUUUCUCCUUUGUUUUUUCAAUUUAGUAAUACAAAAUGUUCUAGUUUGCAAGAAGCAACAAAAGUCACUUCCUUAAGAAGUUAGGCUGAAUUUUCAGAUGCUACUUCCUUCAAAGUAUGUGUUCGUGGCUUGGACUAUGCAGAAUUAUUACUUUUAUGUUUUUUUAAAUCGCUGAAAAGACAGUCCAGUUCCACACCCAGCAGUCAUUAAGGAUUUGUAGGCUGAUCUUACUGGGAAACUUUUUCCCUGCUACUCCCCUAAGGGAAGUUGGAAACACUCAUUGGCAACUUUGUUGAGGACUGAACACUGUUAAGCUUUUCAUAGGUGAAAGAAAAUGAUGGAAGAGAGUGGAAUAGAGACAACUCCACCUGGCACACCCCCACCAAGCACAGCAGGGGCUGCUGCUGCCACUGCUACACCUGUCUCAUUAGCUUUGUCCAGUCCCCUUGCAACACAAAGCAUGUCAUCUUCUCCUGCAUACUCACCACCCUUGCCAGCUGGAGUGUCUCCACUUCCUCCUCCUAUGAUGACUUCAGCUUCUCUUCCACUUGUGCCUUCUGCAACGGUUUCUACUAUUGCACCACCUCGAACUCCUGCCCCACCUCCUGUUGCCUCUUCAGCUUUUAGUACCUCUGUGUCCCAGUUCUCUACAUCUCUUCCAUUAAGCUCUACUGCUGGCCCUGGUCUUCCUGCACCUCCCAUUGGUCCCCCCAUUUCAGGAUUUUCUGUGUCUUCAACCUAUGACAUUACCAGAGGUCAUGCUGGUCGAGCACCACAGAGCCCACUGAUGCCAUCAUUUUCUGCACCUCCAGUCACAGGUGUUUUGGCAGAUCCUAUUACUCAACAAGCAACUUUCUCAUCACCUUUGGCUCCUGGAACUGGUUCUGCAAUCACUUUUCCUGAGGAGCGUGAAGACCCCAGAGUAUGUACUGCCCAAGGUGGAGCACCUGCUGGAGGACUGUGGGGGUUUAUAAAGGGUGUAGCUGAGAAUCCCGUGGUGAAGUCUGUUCUUGAUAAAACCAAGCAUUCAGUGGAGACCAUGAUCACAACGCUGGAUCCUGGCAUGGUUCCAUACAUCAAAACUGGGGGAGAACUGGACAUAGUGGUUACUUCUAAUAAAGAGGUAAAAGUCGCAGCAAUUCGAGAUGCCUUUCAAGAAGUCUUUGGAAUGGCUGUUGUUACUGGAGAGGCUGCACAGUCUAACAUUGCACCCCAACCUGUGGGCUAUGCUGCAGGUUUAAAAGGAGCCCAAGAAAGGAUAGACAGCUUGCGUCGGACAGGAGUAAUACAUGAAAAACAGCCUGCUGUGUCAGUAGAAAACUUCAUUGAGGAAUUGCUUCCUGACAAGUGGUUUGAUAUUGGAUGUCUGAUUAUUGAGGAUCCAGUUCAUGGGAUUCAUCUGGAAGCUUUUACCCAAGCAACACCAGUGCCUUUGCAAUAUGUUCAGCAGGCUAAGAGUCUCACUCCUCAGGACUACAAUCUGAGAUGGUCAGGCCUGUUGGUGACCGUGGGUGAAGUGCUUGAGAAGAAUAUACUGAACGUCAACAGGACUGAUUGGCACAUGGUAUUCACUGGCAUGUCCCGUCGACAGAUGAUCUACAGUGCAGCUAAGGCUCUAGCCGGAAUGUACAAACAACACUUACCACCCAGGACCGUUUGAAAGAAGGCUGAUCCAUGACACUAAAGAAUACUGGUUUUGAUUGUAGAAUUGAAGUGAAAGCUGCAUGUUCUAAUUCUCAGUGGAUUCAACACAGAUUUGUAAUCUAACUGUAAACUGUAGUGUACUGUUUAAGAAGUGAAGGUGGUUUCCAAUAGUAGAAAUGAGCAAUUGCAAUUUUUAACUACUAUGUGAUUUCCAAUACAAUUCACAAAACAGAAAAUCAGAACAAACAUAUAUUUAUAACUGGGACAAAUAGCAUUACAGUUUGUAAAGUGGAAUGUGCUUUUAUUUGACACCUUACGAGGCAUUUGCUGAGAUAUUUUGGUUAGUAUACUUUUUUAAAAAGGGGAUCAUUGUUUAGCUAUUUCUAUUGUAUUAGUAAUAUAAACAUGUUGACAGUGUAAUAUGUAUGCUAUAUAUGCAUUUCAAUCCAGAGAGACUACCUUCUGUAUUAGAUGUUUUCUUGGGGCCUGUGCUUAGGUGGUACUUAACACCUCAUAGGUUUGGUGUCUGUACAGAAGUUCUCAGGAGUGAUACUGAGCAGUUUUUAUAACACGUAACAUUGAGCUGCUGAAGAAGAGCACAAACCCAUGCCCCAUUAGUUGAAGUUGUUGCUAAAUAAUUUUGAAAUCUCAUUUUCCAUGCUGCAUCUUUUUUCUUUUUAUGUAACAGUAAUGAAAUUCAUGUCCAAUUAAAACACUAGACAAAUUUCAAGUUGCUUCAGUGGGUUUUAGAUCAGGUACCACAAACACAUAGAAUCAUAGAAUCAUUUAGGUUGGAAAAGACCUUCAAGAUCAUCGAGUCCAACCAUCA